CGAUUAUUACACGUGGUCUAAAGUCCGUGCAUUUCUGCUUGCUGCAGGCAACCAACCUUCUUUUUUUGGUGGUCGUCCCUUUGUCCUCCUCGAAUUGGGACGACCCGACGCAGGCAGCUUCAUCGUUUUGACCUCCGUCGAGAUGGCUGCUGUGGCGAUGGCGUCCUUCGAUUCAAACUCGCCGCAAUGGGCGGAUCUGAAGUCUGUACCACAGGACGACGGUCCAUCACCAGUCUGCCCGAUCCUGUACGAUCCAGCCUACGCCCAAGCCAUGGACUACCUCCGAGCUCUCCUGCCCACCAACGAGCUGUCAAAAAGGGCCCUCGAUCUAACGCAACAUAUCGUCAAAAUGUGUCCUCCUAACUAUACUGCGUGGCACUACCGAGCGCGGAUCCUCAUCGACGGGCCCGACUCGGAGCUUGGCCCGAGGCAGGAGCGGCUUCGCGCCGAGCUCGAUUGGCUUGAUGAGCUGGCCAAGCAGAACAUGAAGAGCUACCAAGUCUGGCAACACCGAAAACUCAUCGUAACGGCGUAUGACGACCCAUCGCUCGAACUCGACUUCAUCGCUCGCGUCCUCGCAAAAGACUCCAAGAAUUACCACACCUGGGCCUACCGGCAAUGGGUUCUCUGCCACUUUGGUGGACUGCCAGAUGCGCAAAACGCCGCUGCGCAUCCUCAGCUUUGGGACGGAGAGCUGGCAUACAUCGACGAACUGCUCAAGCAGGAUUGCCGCAACAAUUCAGCAUGGAACCAUCGGUUCUUCUGCAUCUUUGCAACCGACAGGGCUAAGAGAGGGCUGUGGCCAUCAGUAGGGGAGGAUGAGGGGCAGUGCGUGACGAGCGAAGUGGCAUACGCAAAGAUGCAGAUCGCCCUCGUGCCGAACAAUGCCAGUGCCUGGAAUUACCUCAGAGGCGUGUCGCGCCUCGACCCGGUGUCAGCUGUCCACAAGACUCAAAGUGUCUCGUCAAACGACAUCAAUAUCUACACAUGCGCCGUACCGCUUGCUCAGACGCUGCUGCCCUCCUCCAAGGAGGCAAAGGAAGACCCACAGAUCGAUUCGAGAGGGAAAAGCCCGUCAUUGGCGCUCGAGUGGCUACUCGAUGAUGCCGAACAACGGUGUACGUCUGGCUCGAACGUAGACGAAGCCCUCCGUCAGGGUGAAGAGUACAUCGACAGACUCAAGGUAGCCGAUCCCAUGCGGUCGCAAUUCUGGAAGUACCGUCUGUCCUGCCUCCGCCGAGCUGCAGCGGCCUCCUCUGCCUAGCGAUCUUUCUCAUUCCUCACCUUUUUUUGGCUUGAUCAGGAUCAUCUUGGAGACGUAGAUAGCAUGAUUUAUAGGGACGAGACAGUAAUACAAAGUCCAAUACGAAG